AUGGAUACGGACGAGGAGAUGGAUGAUGAGGAAGGGGUCGAGGCUGUAGAUGCCAAGGUAGAGGCGUGGCGGAUGACCCCCAUGGAGCAAGCAUGCUUAGAGUUUUACAUUGAGCUGAUGAACCAGCGCCACCGCACGCACGAGUACGAGAGCGCGCUUGUGUGCGCCAUGGCCGUGCAAGGGUGGGGCGAGGCGCGCUGGCGCGAUCCUAGCAGUUACCCGCCCAUAUUAUCCCGCGUGCUCAAGGUGGCGCGCUUCAUGGUGGUGUAG